AUGGAUUACGGUGGACAGUGCCAUAGUGAUCCCGCCAUCGAAGAGGCCGUUAGAGGUUUCGACGUCCAGGUCUGGGAUUGGAGAAAGGUAGAUUUGUGCAGCGGUGUACCAUUUAAUUGCGCGAGCUCUGUAAGAGAGAUAUGCCUCUAUUCUUCUGGCAACGGGGCCGCCUUGAUGGCCAUCAAGGGCGAGGACGACACCGAGCUCGAGGGCGAAAGGCUAUUGGCCUCGAUCAAUAACUUCAAGAUACAACUAAAUAUCAUCCGUAGGGGACCAAAAGCCCUUGAGGAAUACGUAUUGACGUUUAUCGACGGACUACAGUCAGAGCACCAGACAUUCUUCCGAGCUGAGGAUGCCGGGCAGCUGGCAUCGGAAGGCCAGUCAUUGAUUCAGCGUCUAAAGACGACAUGGCUAUACCAGAGAAGUAUCACAACAAAGGAAUAG